ACCUUUGAUGAUUACGGUCACGACAAUACAGCACUGCCCACCUGCUGACUCAGGUAACGUUACCGCUCGUUCCGUAAAGUCUUACUACAUCUGGGGAGGGUUCAGACGAGCUGUUCGGAAUAAGCGGUAAAGCAGAAUUCCCUUAUUUAUCUCUCUCCUGGGCUAAAGAAGAAAAGAUGCGCGACACGCCGUGGUACGCGCUGCUCAUCCUCCUAACAUUUCUCAUGAAGGUUGCAGAAGUCCAAGGACAAUGUGGGAGACCCAGUGUCGGGGAGAACAUGGUUAUAAUCAAUGACGUCAGCAACCAGACAUUCACAAAUGGUUCCACUAUUACAUUCAAGUGUUCUACUGGCUAUGUUCCUGUGAUUUCAUCAGCUUCCAAGACAAUCACCUGUGUUGGAACCGAAUGGACCAAACUGGAUCUAAAUUGCACAAAAAAGUCUUGUGGCUCUCUUUCUGAAAUUCCCAAUGGGAAGUAUACUUAUCCAGAUGGAAAUCUGUUUGGUGCAACCGCUGUCGCAGAAUGUAAUGAAGGAUAUUUACUUGUUGGACAAAAAACUAGAAAUUGCCGUGAAAAUGGAUGGGAUGGAAGAGACCCUGUGUGUGAAGCUGUGAAAUGUGAACCACCUCCCACUAUACAGAACGGCACAUAUGACCCCAUCGAGGAAUUCUAUAAUUAUAAUCAGGCAGUCACAUACUCUUGUAGUAAAGGUUACACUCUGGUUGGAGAAUCAACAAUAACUUGUUUGGCAAAUGGAAGCUUCCCUUCUCCUCCUCAGUGUUUAUUUGUAAAGUGUGAGACACCUAACAUUACAAACGCAAUUAGAGUUGAAGGAAAAUCACCACCCUAUGGCUAUAAGGAUUUUGUCCGAUAUGAGUGUAAUACAGGAUACACCAUGGAAGGAACAGGUUACCUGGUCUGUGAUUUAAACGGAUGGAAUCCACCUCCUCCUAAAUGCAUCAAAAAUUGUGGACCUCUUCCUGACAUUCCCAAUGGGAAGUAUACUUAUCCAGAUGGAAAUAUUUUUGGUGCGACUGCUGUCGCAGAAUGUAAUGAAGGAUAUUCACUUGUUGGACAAAAAACUAGAAAUUGUCGUGAAAAUGGAUGGGAUGGAAGAGACCCUGUGUGUGAAGCUGUGAAAUGUGAACCACCUCCCACUAUACAGAACGGCACAUAUGACCCCAUCGCGGAAUUCUAUAAUUAUAAUCAGGCAGUCACAUACUCUUGUAGUAAAGGUUACACUCUGGUUGGAGAAUCAACAAUAACUUGUUUGGCAAAUGGAAGCUUCCCUUCUCCUCCUCAGUGUUUAAUUGUAAAGUGUGAGACACCUAACAUUGCAAACGCAAUUAGAGUUGAAGGAAAAUCACCACCCUAUGGCUAUAAGGAUUUUGUCCGAUAUGAGUGUAAUAAAGGAUACACCAUGGAAGGAGAUGGUUACCUGGUCUGUGAAGUAAAUGGAUGGAAUCCACGUCCUCCUAAGUGCAUCAUUACAAAUUCAUCCACCACAUCUCACCCAUCAUAUGGCAUCACUAUAAUAGCUUUCCUUGCAUCCAUUGUUGUCCUUCUAGGACCAGAGCACUAAUUCUGACUAAUGGCAAAUUGAGGAGCAGAUCUAUUCAUCUGUGCUUUUCUCGUAUUUUUCAUAAAUUGUAUAGAUUAAUAUUAUCAUUAAUCAAUUCGCACUUAGAUCUAGAUUUUCUUAAGCUGUCAUAACUUUAGCUUUAACGAUGCUGAGCAUCUGCACCAAUUUGCACUUCAAUUACUCAUUUACAGUAUAUAGAUGGUUUGUGUGUUUUAAGUUAUUUAAUAUUAGUGAUCAUCAGAUUUUGUCAAAAUAAAGUGUUAAGUUGUUUUCACAGUUUUGACUGCACAUGUAAAAAAAAAUGUAGUGUUGUAGUCUUAGCAAAACACUGCCGUUGUAAAAUAUUUGAUACCGAACUCAACAAGCAAUGCAGAGGAAAAAGGGUUUUAAAAAUUCUAAUUAAAAGUAAUAAUUUAGUGGAGAACCAUGUGUUUGUUUUUUUUUUUGUUUGUUUUUUUUUUACUUUGGAUUAGUAUAUAUUUCUUUUAAAUAGGCUAAAUUAAAUAAGUGCACAAAUAAAGAGAAACCCACAUAAAGUUUUGCUUAAAUGCUUCUCAAUGACAUUCUUUUCUUGCCAUAAAGUAUAAAAGAAUAUAAAUGUGUUGCAUAUUAAAGUUUAAAAAUAUGAAUAAUGGAAAUUAAUGAAAAGUCUUUAACCACCAUAAUCUUUUUCUGGUCCUUGUAGAAUAACAGUAGUUUGGACCAGCUAUGGUAUCCAAAUUCAGUAGUGCAAAGUUUGUUUCAAAUUACUUACUAUUAUAAUUAACUUUUACAGACUUGUGCACUAUGUGGCCACGUGCUUUUGGUCACAUCUAUUCUAAAACAAUAGUAAUAUGGAGUUACCAACUCAAUUAGGAGGGGUGUCCACAUACUUAUGUCCACAUAUAGACAUUUGUCACUGGAAAGUCCACUCCUUAAUAAUUGUUCGUUCCACAAUGCACCUGACAACUUGUAAAAGUAAAUUGCAAAUCAGACCCCAAAAGAGGGAGUUGGGAAUUUUGUCUUAUUUGCCUUAUAGCUGCUAUAGUAUUAACGAAAUCUUAUUUGAAUGUAAAAAAGCAUAAUAUAUUUGUAUGUUGUGGAAGUGCCUUAAUCUAAAUAAAAAAGAUAAACCCUUUCUGACACAGCUCUCUGGCAUGUAUUAGGCAGAGUUUUCUAUCCUGCAUAAGACUACUGAGACAUUUGUUUCUUAGUGUAAUCUAAACAAAAUUUUAAGUAAAAAUACUGAAGGUUUAAAUUCCUGUUUAUAUACAAUCUGGUGUAUAAAUUCUGUAUGUAUUAUGUAAGGUUUUUUGUGUACUAUGAGUCAACAGUUUGGACACACCUUCUAAUUCCAUGGUCUUUUUCAAUUUUCAUUUCUUUAUGCAAUCCAAAUUAUGCAAUUCUGAGAAUAUGAAAAAUAUGAAAGAAAUGCAAACUUGUGUCCAAACAUUUGACUGGUUAUUUAUGUAUUGUAUGUAUGUAUGUAUGUAUGUAU